AUGUGUUACUACGGCAGCUACUAUGGAGGCCUGGGCUAUGGCUAUGGUGGUCUAGGCUGUGGCUAUGGCUAUGGCUAUGGCUGUGGCUAUGGUGGCUAUGGGUAUGGCUGCUGCCGCCCACUGUGCUGUAGAAGAUACUGGUCCUGUGGUUUCUACUGA